AUGGCCUUAUCUCCUGCCGGUCCAGAUGGCUGGCCUUGGGACCGAGCGAUCCGGCGGGGGUUGGCCUUGCGUGGGGCGGGGAGUGAGGGCCAGCAGCUGCAGAGAUCAAAAGAGGUAGAAACCACAAGCCUCAAUGAUGCUGCUUCAGAAGUGUUGUCAACUUUAAACAAAACAGGAGUCAAAUCCCAGAGAAAUAUCUGCAAUUUGUCAUCUAUUUGCAAUGACUCAGUGUUUUAUAGAGGUGAGAUAGUGUUUCAAUAUGAUGACGACCACAAUGUUACCCAGAAUCAGGAUGCAGCUAAUGGCACCUUUGCUGGAGUCCGGUCUCUAAGCGAACUGAAGCGAUCAGAGCUCAACAAAACUCUGCAGACCCUAAGUGAGACUUACUUUAUAGUGUGUGCUACAGCAGAGGCCCAAAACACAUUAAACUGUACAUUCACAAUAAAACUGAAUGAGACGACGAAUGCAAAUAUGUGUGCCAUGAUGGUUACUUUCAAAACUGUACAGAUUUGGCCAAUGGAACAGUGUUGCUGUUCUCUCAGGACUCCCUGCCCUUCCUCACCAGAAGAAUUAGAAAAACUUCAAUGCGAACUGCAGGAUCCCAUUGUCUGUGUUGCUUAUCAGCCACAUGGCCCACCGUUAUCUUCUUCCAGCAAGCCGGUGCCGGUUGUACCUCAGGCCACCAUUUUGUCCCACAUCGCUAGUGACUUGUCUUUGUCUGAACCCCUUGAUCGUGCCUCUAUGACCCAAAGCACACCCUCUCUGGCACAAGAGAGUCACCUUCCGUCUCCCCAGCCUUCUGGCCCUGCCACUGACAUACCUGUUCAGCCUGUAGCUGUCUCUUCCUCUCUGCCACAAACUGAUUUUUCCCACACCCUGCCACCUGUGCAGUCCUCCCUUCCCUCUCUUACCCCACCAGCUCCAUCUGUCCCUGAAAAGGUGGUCACCAUCAGCAUACCUCCUGGUGAGACAGAAGUUGUCAACACCAGCAGUGUUCCUGAUCUUGAGGCCCAAGUCUCACAGAUGGAAAAAGUAUUGUCCUUGGGAGGCUUAGAGCCUAACCUUGCAGGCGAAAUGGUAAACCGAGUCAGCAAACUCCUUCACUCUCCACCUGCCUUGCUAGCCCCUCUGGCUCAAAGGUUGCUAAAAGUGGUAGAUGACAUUGGCUUACAGCUGAAGUUUUCAAAUACAACCAUCAGUCUAACUUCCCCUUCUUUGGCUCUUGCUGUCGUCAGAGUGAAUGCCAGUAAUUUCAAUACAACAACCUUUGCAGCCCAAGACUCAGAAAAUCUUCAGGUUUCUCUGGAAACCCAGGCUCCCGAGAAUAGUAUUGGUGCCAUCACUCUGCCUUCAUCACUGAUGAAUAACUUGCCAGCUAAUGAGGUAGAACUGGCUUCUAGGAUUCAGUUCAAUUUUUUUGAAACACCUGCCCUGUUUCAGGACCCCUCCUUGGAGAACCUCUCUCUGAUCAGCUACGUCAUAUCAUCAAGUGUUGCAAACAUGACUAUCAAGAACUUAACAAGAAACGUAACAGUCAUGCUGAAGCACAUCGACCCAAGUCAGGAUGACUCAGCUGUGAAAUGUGUCUUCUGGGACUUGGGCAGAAAUGGUGGCAGAGGAGGUUGGUCAUCUGAUGGCUGCUCCAUCAAAGACAAGAGGCUGAAUGAAACCACCUGUACCUGUAGCCACCUUACAAGUUUUGGCAUCCUAAUGGACCUAUCUCGGACAUCCUUACCACCAAGUCAAAUGAUGGCUCUGACAUUUAUCACAUAUAUUGGCUGUGGGCUUUCAUCAAUUUUUCUGUCAGUUACUCUUGUAACCUACAUAGCCUUUGAAAAGAUCAGGAGGGAUUACCCUUCCAAAAUCCUCAUCCAGCUGUGUGCUGCCCUGCUUCUGCUCAACUUGGUCUUCCUGCUAGACUCCUGGAUUGCACUGUAUAAUACCCGAGGUUUCUGCAUCUCUGUGGCUGUAUUUCUUCACUAUUUCCUCUUGGUCUCAUUCACAUGGAUGGGCUUAGAAGCAUUCCACAUGUACCUUGCACUUGUCAAGGUGUUUAAUACUUACAUCCGAAAGUACAUCCUUAAAUUCUGCAUUGUUGGCUGGGGGGUACCAGCUGUUGUUGUGACUAUCGUCCUGUCUAUAUCCCCAGAUAAUUAUGGGAUUGGAUCUUAUGGGAAAUUCCCCAAUGGCACGCCAGAUGACUUUUGCUGGAUCAACAGCAAUGCCGUGUUCUAUAUCACAGUCGUAGGAUAUUUCUGUGUAAUAUUUCUACUGAACAUCAGCAUGUUCAUUGUCGUCUUGGUUCAACUCUGUCGAAUUAAAAGGAAGAAGCAACUGGGAGCACAGCGCAAAACUAGUAUCCAAGAUCUCAGGAGUAUUGCUGGCCUCACAUUUUUACUGGGAAUUACUUGGGGUUUUGCCCUCUUUGCCUGGGGACCAGUUAAUGUCAUCUUUAUGUAUCUCUUCUCUGUCUUUAACACCUUACAAGGCUUCUUCAUAUUCAUCUUUUAUUGUGCAGCAAAAGAUAAUGUCAGGAAACAGUGGAGGCGGUAUGUUUGUUGUGGAAAAUUACGGCUGGCUGAAAAUUCUGACUGGAGUAAAACUGCUACUAAUGGUUUAAAGAAGCAGACUGUAAACCAAGGAGUAUCCAGCUCUUCAAAUUCCUUACAGUCAAGCUGUAAUUCCACUAACUCCACCACACUACUAGUGAAUAAUGAUUGCUCAGUGCACGCAAGCGGGAAUGGCAAUGCGUCUACAGAGAGGAAUGGGGUCUCUUUCAGCGUUCAGAAUGGAGAUGUGUGCCUUCAUGAUCUCACAGGGAAACAGCACAUGUUUAGUAACAAGGAAGAUUCCUGCAAUGGUAAAAGCCGGAUGGCGCUCAGAAGGACUUCAAAGCGGGGAAGCUUACACUUUAUCGAGCAAAUGUGA